AUGUACGUUAAAUCUCAGUGUGGUUUAAAUCAUAGUUCAGUUAGUGAUCCUGGUAUGACAAGGAUUUAUAGAUAUGACACUUAUUCAUGGUUUUUCAGCAUCUCAGACUUAUUCACAUACGUUUUGGACACUUGUUCACAAGAAUACUUAUCCCCACUUAUUGCCUGUGAAGAUGUUUUUGCAAUAAUUGGAUCCUAUGCUAAAGCCUGCAGUAUCUCAGUGGUAUUCAGCAUUGUUGAUUCCCCUAAUUUGACAUUUGCAAGCCAUAAACAAGAAGAUAAAGAAAACAAAGGUAUUUCCGACAACUUGGAACAGUUUGGAGAUAGUGACUCGGCACACUUGAGUAGUAACAGUAACAAUGGAACAAAGAAACAAGUGACAUCUUCCAUUUCCAGGUCCCCUGAGUCUCUGAGGUCAAGUGAUGACUCUCCAUUUAAAUCCUUGUUUAAAUCAGACUGUAGUAAAUCACCAGUGUCUUCAGAAUCAAAAGCUGCCACAGCACCUACGAACUUUGUGUUUGGACAAAACCUUCAUGAAAGAGUGGUGACUUAUGAAGAUCCAGGAAGUGAUUCCUCAUCAAGUAUUUCCAAUCAACUAACAUUUCAGGCUUUUCAGAAGAGCUCCUCAGAAGAUGAUGAGUGUUCAGGGAAAUCAGUCAAGAGUCUGACAGAAUCAGCAAAAGAAUAUCAAGCUAAACAAAUUAAAAGAAAAUAUGAAGAGGUUACUGUGGUAACAGGAGAAGAAGAAGAAUCUAAUGUUUUACAGAUCACCUGUAAGCUUUUUUCGUUUGAAAAAAACAAUGGUACAUGGGUAGAAAAAGGCCGUGGAAUGCUGAGGUUGAAUGAUCGGGAGGUAGAUGGUGUGCUGCAGUCACGACUGGUCAUGAGAACUCAGGGUAGCCUACGACUAGUUCUCAACACCAAGGUGUGGGCAGGUAUGUCCUUGGAACAAGCUAGCCAUAAAACUGUUCGUAUCAGUGCGAUUGACACGGACGGAGUGAAAGUUUACCUCAUAAUGGCAAACCCUAAAGAUUCAGAACAAUUGUUCAGUGCUCUGGAAUGUCGAGUGGCUACUCUAAAGUCACUUGAUGAUAACUGGAGUGAUAGUAACCUAGCAACGCAAGCAUCAGUAGGUUCUUUUGAUGAUGAUGAUACUACCACAUCAGACUGUGAGUCAGAAGUGAAGAGGCCUCGUCGCAUGGAAGAUAUUCAAUCAGGAGAAGCUGACAGCACUACAGGAGUGGCUCCACAGCUCCGCCUACACCACACACCCCCACCAGAAACUGGCAUUGACUCUAGCAGCAAUGCAAGCCAGUAAAGGACUAUCCCUAAUAAAUUUAUGUACAAAAUCUAACAUUCAGUCUUAACUAUACUACACUUGGCUUGUCAUGGUUUUACUACUGACCUCUGAUAAGUUGUCUUUAUGUUUCGAGUUUUUGGCCAAUUUGCAUAGCUUUUUUUUUUUCCUGACAAACAAAAAUCAUAGAAGAAAACAUGAUAAACAACAAUCUAAUAAGUUAUGUAGAAAAUAAAAAUCAUACAAGAGGACAAGUCUUGUUUUUUGAAAAAGAAGCUUGCAUACAAAUAGAAAAAAAAAGUAUUAUCAUAAAAGGUUUUUUUCCUUCCUUACCCACAUUAUAAGCCUGAAAGAAUAUAUCAGUUAAAUAGGCUUUUAUCAGGUUAUUCUGACAAUUCAUUAUCUUUUUUAAGUAGACAGCAAGUCAGUGAAUAUUUCCUGCUUUGUUUGAUAAUUUUAAUAUUUGUCCAAAUGUGGAAGUUUUGUAAAAUAUGAAAGACACGACAAAUUUGGAACUAUGUGGUGUUCUUUAUUCUAAAUAGCAACUUUGUUGCCUUGUGUAUACAUAACCAGAAAUCAUUGUGAAUAAAAACUUGUAGCAACAUUA